AUGCUGUUUAAAUAUGGUAAUCUGUUGCUCAUCGCGGCGUACAUAUCAGUAACAACAGCGUUACCUCCGUGCAUCUGCACAAGGGAAGGAAAACCAGCGUGCGGCAGUGACGGACAGACCUACGGCAAUUUGUGCAUACUGAAAUGCGCGCAAUCGUUUAAUCCAAGUGUUACUCUGCAUAGAUUAGGUUCUUGUGAGGAGAAUCCGCUACCAAUUGAUGACGAUAUAGAGGUUUACGAUGAGGAAGUCUCCCCUUGUUCAUGUCCCCGUCACAUCAAAUAUGUAUGUGGUAACAACGGCAAUACCUACGACAAUACUUGCUUACUGAACUGCGCGAGCCGUUCUAACCCUGGUCUCCAUAUUCAGAAUAACGGGCCCUGUGAUAACAAUGUUAAGGUUGCGGAGCACGCGAAGAACGGCACCUGCAACUGCACCAGAGUUUACAAACCCGUUUGCGCCUCAAACGGCUUCACCUUCGAAAACGAAUGCAUGAUGCAUUGCUCUGGUACUCAUCUCAAUGUUCAAAAUCCUGGUCCUUGCGAAAGUAAUUAA